CAAGCAUUUGUUUUUUCAUCUUCACUGGUUUUGUAGUCUGGGUUCUUGAACAUAGAAUAAAUGAGGAUGUUCAAGGAACUACUUCCCAUCAAAUUAGCACUAGCUUCUGGUUUUCUUUCUCAGCCAUGGUCUUAUCAAGUUGUAAUUUUCCUUCAUCCCUUUCAACUUUUUUUUAACACUUCUGCACAGUGAUAGAAUCCCAGCAAACACUUCUGUAUGAUUUUUUCCGCUAAUAUUGCAGGGGAGAAUGUGAUGAGCAAUUUGGCAAGAAUGGUAGUAAUUAUAUGGUGUUUUGUUGGACUAGUGCUCACACAAAGUUAUGCUGCUGCCUUAUCGAGCUUUCUAACUGUUCGGCAGCUUCAGCCUACCGUUAACAAUGUAAAUGAACUCAUUAACAGGAGAGAUAAUGUGGGCUACCAAGGAGGUUCUGCCAUUCUUGGACUGCUGAAAAGCUUGGGUUUUAGCGGGUCUCAACUGGUGCCGUAUCAUUCUGCCAAAGAAUGUGAUCAACUUCUCUCAAAAGGAAGUAAAUAUGGCGGUAUCGCUGCUGCUUUUGAUGAAGCAGCAUAUAUCAACAUCAUUCAAUCACAAACUUGUCCCAAAUAUACCGUGGUUGAACCCAGAUUGGAUUUUCAACAUUUCAUAUCCCGCGGGUUUGGUUUUGUCUUCCCUAAAGGAUCCCUUCUGUCAUCAGACAUAUCAAUGGCAAUUCUAAAACUGAAGGAGAGCAAUAAAAUUAAGGAACUGGAAAAGAAAUGGCUUGUAACCGAAACCAAUUGUACGGUUGAUAUUGAACAAAUUUCCAGUAGACUCGGUCUUGAUAGUUUCGGUGGCCUGUUCUUGAUUGCCGGAAUUGGUUUAGUUUUAGUGCUUCUGACAUAUGCAGGGAUGAUUGCUUAUGAAAGGAGGAAGGUUUUUCUGAUGAAUCCAAAUGUCUCAAGGCGGUGUAGAAUUCUUCAUGUGCUAAAGAUGUUGAAGAAAUCACAUGCUUCUAUCCAAUCGUUCCCAAGAGAUGCCAGUGGGGAACAAGAGCCACACUCCGACUCUGCAUAAUAUACAAGGGAAACUCAAUAGUUGGAUUUUCAUCUCCACGGCUUAGUAUUUCUUGAUCUGAGCAGGCAUCGGCAUGCUCCAUACUAGGAACCGGAUCUACGGUUGCUGGUUAUUUGAAUUUUGAUCCGGGUGCUCUGAAGAAGGUUCUCCUUUCUCACAUGGAGGGUUGUCCGAAGUAAUAAGAUUUCGGUCAGCAUUUUGGUUUGAAGUGCGAUGCUCUGAUUGGUUGAAGAUCUUUAACAAGUGGCAAAUCGCUUUCCAUCCUGAAGUUCUCGAACCAGGAGGUAUUGCGGUGUUCUUGUAUUGGUAACAAACAUUGCAGUGUAAAUCAAGAGAGCUAAAAAUGAAACCAUUCCUGAAAUGAAGAAUAAGCCCCAGGUGCCAGACGAUAACCUCUAGGAAGACCUGAAAAAGAGACAUUAUAUUGUUAUCACAUAUUUUGAUAAAUAUGGACUAAUUAGUCAUGGUAAUCAUUUAAAUCAUUAAAGUAUAUUUUAUUUGCAUCAA